AUGACCUUCGUGGCACCGCCAGGAUACCAGCCCAUCUAUAACCCAUGUAUCCCUUACACGGGUCCAGUCUUUGGAGGGCUUAGAGAAGGAAUGUCCAUCUACAUACACGGAGUGGUUCCUGAAGACUGCGGCAGGUUUCAUGUGAACUUGCAGUGUGGGGAUUAUGAUGGCUGUGACGUUGCUUUGCACAUUAACCCUCGUUUCCACGGCUGGGACAAAGUGGUAUUCAACACCUUCCUGAAUGGAUCAUGGGAGGGAGAGGAGAAGGUCCAUCACAUGCCCUUCCACAGGGGGCGCUCUUUUGAAUUAGUCAUUGUUGUCAACUCUGAGGGCUACCAGGUAAAUGUAAAUGGUGAAGAGUAUUACCUGUACCAGCACAGAAUGGGCGUGGAGAGGGUGACUGCUCUGAGCAUUGGAGGAGAUGUCUCCAUUCAGAACAUCAAUGUGAUUGGGGGAAUGCAAGGUGGGAUGGGGGGAGGGUAUCCAGGUGGAAUGGGGGGGGGAUAUCCUGGAGGUGUCAUGGGAGGAGUUUACCCAGGGGCAGUGGAUGGUGGCAUGGGGGGAGGGUAUCCAGGGGCAGGUUUGGGGGGAGGAUACCCUGGAGGAAUGGGGGGUGUUGGGGAUGGUUUCUAUCCUGGAGCAAACCUGCCGGUAAUGGGUGUGCAGCCAAUUUACAACCCUGUUUUACCUUACUCCAACGUGAUCCCAGGAGGCAUGCUGCCCAAAAGGACCAUCAUCGUCAGAGGAAUGGUCCCCUUUGGGGCCGACAGGUUUUACAUAAAUUUCAUCGUGAGCGGCUCCAGGGACAUCGCCUUCCAACUGAACCCCAGGAUGAGGGAGGGCGUGGUCAUAAGGAACAGCCUGAUUGGUGGCAUGUGGGGAGACGAGGAGCAAGAGGUCUUCUUCAACCCUUUCAUGGAGGGCCAGUACUUUGAUAUCUCCAUUCGCUGCGGCAACCGCAGGUUCAAGGUGUUUGUGAAUGGGCAGCACCUGUGUAAUUUCCAUCACCGUUAUGAGGCGUUCACUGAGAUUGACAUGUUGGAGGUGGAGGGAGAUGUGCAGAUCUCUUACAUUCACUUUUAG